AAAAACGAGCAAGGUCUGUUGUAUGUAAUUCAUCGUGAUGUACUCACAAAGACAAGGCGAGAAAAUGACAACGGGGGAUACAGUGGACACAUGUAUGUGAUUACAGGUUCAUCGGACUGUCCUGUUGCUUCAUUCCUUGCCCUAAAGGACGUUUUGAACCCUACACAAGUGUGCAUGUGGCAGAGACCUAAAUUUCAAGCGCCAUCAGAAGCACCGUGGUUCACAAAUGCACCUUUGGCAGCCAGCACUCUUG